UAACAAACAGCGGCGGCCGGGUUGGACUAAGCGAGCAGGGCCCGAGGAGCAACCGGCUCCCCUCCUCCGCGUCGUGGCCGGCGCUCCGCCGCCCUAUCUGGCCAGCGUCUUCCGUCUUUCUCGUUGUCCUGUCCGGCCUGAAGCUGCCCUGUAGAACCGCAGCGAGGAGGAGGAGGAGGAGCUUCUGCCGCGGCCCCGCCGGGCACCAGCGCGGGAUGGUGCGCGGGGCCGCCCAGCUGUUGCUGCGGUCUCCUGCAGGUUUGUGAUGCCCCGUGUUUAAUUAAAAAAUUGUUUUCUUGCCAAAGUCAAAUGAGGAAAAGAAGAGGUUUUGCAGUCCAGCCACUUUUAAAGACCGUUGUACCUCCAUGCAGUACCUGAAGUUCCUAAAUAAUAUUCAUAGAGUCAAAGGUAUAAACUUCAGGAGCCAAAAUAAGUCAUCAUGAAGUUAUAUGUAUUUCUGGUCAACACUGGAACCACCCUCACCUUUGAUACAGAACUUGCAGUACAAAAUGUUGCAGAUCUUAAACAGGCAAUUCAAACCAAGUACAAGAUUGCUAUUCAGCAUCAAGUGUUGGUUGUCAAUGGAGGAGAGUGUAUGGCAGCCGACAGGAAAGUUUGUAGUUACAGUGCUGGAACGGAUACAAACCCAAUUUUUCUCUUCAACAAAGAAAUGAUCUUAUGUGAGCGUCCUCCAGCUAUUCCCAAAACUACAUUUUCAGCAGAAAAUGAGAUGGAAUUAAAAGUUGAAGAAUCUCUUAUGAUGCCUGCAGUUUUUCAUACAGUAGCUUCACGAACACAGCUUGCUGUGGAAAUGUAUGAGAUUGCCAAGAAGCUUUGUUCCUUCUGUGAAGGUCUUGUCCAUGAUGAACAUCUUCAGCACCAAGGCUGGGCUGCCAUAAUGGCAAAUUUGGAAGAUUGCACAUACUCCUACCAAAAGCUGCUUUUCAAGUUUGAAAAUGCCUAUUCAAGUUACCUGCAGUCCAUAGAUGAUAUUAAGCUGAAACUUACACAUUUAGGGGCUGCUGUUUCCAUAAUGGCCAAGAUCCCUCUGCUGGAGUGCCUAACCAGACAUAGUUACAGGGAAUGUUUAGAACGGCUAGAUUCUUCUGCUGAACAUGGAAGGUCAGAAAAUGAAGACACUGAGAAUGAGAAGUCAGCUGAAGUGGUGCUUUCUCCUGACAUGUCCAGAUUGAACAAACAAUCGCUACUGACCUCAUGUUGCAAAUCAGUAGAACACUCAACCCUAGAUUCCACAGUUCCUGAAAAAACGAAUGAAAAUAGGGAAGCCAGUCAAAAUCCUUCAGUUGAGGACAGUGAAAUGUCAGCAGAGCUGAAAGAGAGUGAGCUGCCUUCUUUCAAUGUCUCCCUGUUAGACUGGAUAAAUGUUCAAGAUAGACCUAAUGACGUUGAAUCCUUGGUCAGGAAAUGUUUUGAUUCUAUGAACAGACUUGACCCAAGGAUUAUUCAGCCCUUUUUGGCAGAAUGUCGACAAACUAUUGCCAAAUUAGAUAAUCAGAACAUGAAGGCCAUUAAGGGACUUGAAGACAGGCUUUAUGCAUUGGACCAGAUGAUAGCAAGUUGUAGCAGGCUGGUGAAUGAACAAAAAGAACUUGCUCAGGGAUUUUUGGCUAAUCAGAAGAGAGCAGAGAACUUGAAAGAUCCUUCUGUGUUACCUGAUCUGUGUUUAAGUCAUGCAAAUCAAUUGAUGAUUAUGUUAACUAACCACAGGAAACUCUUAGAUAUUAAACAGAAAUGUACUACUGCCAAACAAGAACUUGCAAAUAACUUACAAGUCCGACUAAAGUGGUGCUGCUUUGUAAUGCUUCAUGCUGACCAAGAUGGAGAGAAGCUGCAAGCCCUGCUCCGUCUCGUAACAGAGCUGCUAGAACGAGUGAAGAUUGUAGAGAAACUUAGUAAUGUCCCUCAGAUGUACUGUUUGGCUGUUGUUGAGGUUGUAAGGAGAAAGAUGUUUGUAAAACACUAUAAGGAGUGGGCUGGCGCUUUAAUAAAAGAUGGGAAACACCUUUAUGAUGCAGAAAAGGCCAAAAGGGAAACUUUUGGGAAAUUAUUCAGGAAGUCUUUUCUAAGAAAUCGCUUAUUCAGGGGUCUUGAUGCCUGGCUUCCAUCAUUUUGUACUCGGAAACCUCGCAGAUUUGAUAGUGAACUUCCUGAUAUCUCUUUAUCUGACCUGCAGUUUCUACAGUCUUUUUGUCCUUCAGAAGUCCAACCAUUACUCAGGGUUCCCAUACUUUGUGAUUUCGAACCUCUCCACCAGCAUGUACUUGCUCUUCAUAACCUGGUCAAAGCAGCACAGAGUUUGGAUGAAAUGUCCCAGACCAUUACAGAUCUGCUGAAUGAAAAGGCUUCCAACAGUCAAGCUUCCCCACAAUCUGUCAUUACUCCAAGGAUGGAAAAUACAACAGGGACAGUUGCUACCUCUCCUAGAACUCCUCCAUCGCUCAGCCUUCAGGGUCCUCUUUGUCCCCCUGAGUGCCCCCCUGGUCCAAUAGAAGAAUUGUCUCCAGACAGUAUUGAUGCUCAUACGUUUGACUUUGAAACAAUUGCUCACCCAAACUUAGAGCAUGCUCUGAAACAAGGGUCAUUAGACUUAGACUCGCUGGCAGAAAGUCCAGAAUCUGACUUUAUGUCAGCAGUGAAUGAGUUUAUUAUAGAAGAAAAUCCAUCAUCUCCAAAUGUGAUAAGUGAUCCACAAAGUCCAGAAAUGAUGGUGGAGUCUCUUUAUUCCUCAGUUAUCAAUGCAAUAGACAGUAGGAGGAUGCAAGACACAAAUAUUUGUGCAAAAGAAGCCGCUAUAGAAAAUUCUGCUAUAAAUGUUUACAUGGAGAAAUGCAGAGUUGCUGCCCAAGAAUCUCAGUUAAAUUUAAGAAACUUCAAAGAAGACCUCUGCCACUUUAGAACAUUUGUUGAAAAAGAACAGUAUGACUUUUCUAGUUCUUUAAAAUGUACUUCAAUAGAAAUAAGAAAUAUUCUAGAAAAAGUAAAACUGUCUCUUGAAAAAACACUAAAAGAUAAGCAUCAAAAAGAACUGCAAUCUAUUAAAAUGGAAUAUGAAAGCAGAAUGAAUACUUUAGUUGAAGAUGGUGAGGAGAACAAAAAAAAGAUUACAAAAUUAAAGUUUGACUUGAAAAGUCUUGAAGAUAUUUUGCAUGAUAAGGAUGAUGAGUUUGCAGUCGUAAAGAAUGAAAAGGAAGCUGUUGUAUGUUUACAGAAUGAAAAAGAUCAGAAGCUGCUUGAAUUGGAAUGCCAAAUGAAGAAUCAAUGUUGUGAAAUUAAAGAAUUAAGGGAAUCUCGUGAAAGUGUAUUAGAAAGUUUGAAAAAGCUUCAUAUAGAAGCUGAUGAAAAAAUGCAACUUUUGAGGGCAGAACUUCAAAAUUUGGAGCAGGAGCAUCUGAAGGAACUAGAAACCAAUCUUCAUGUCAAACACACACAAGAAUUUGAAGUGCUAAUGGCAGAACAUAACAAUUGCUUAGAGAAGUUAAAAAAAGAAAAUCAGUGCCAGCUUGAACAAAUCCAGGAAUCUUAUGCUAUAGAUGUCCACGAAAAGGAAAAACAGAUUGAGGGACUAAAGCUCAAGGUUUCUGAACUAUCAGACUUGAGAUGCAAAUUGGAAGUUGAACUUGCUUUGAAAGAAGCAGAAACAGAUGAAAUGAAACUACUCUUAGAAAAAAGCAAAACUCAGCAGCAGGAUAAUUUAAAAUCUAUCAUUGAAAAGGAAACUGACAUUUUAAGAAAAGAGAUUGAUAAAUUAAACCAUCUAAUAAAAAUUAAUAAUGAGGACUAUCAGAUAGGAUUAGCAGAGCUCAGAACUUUAAUGACCAUAGAGAAAGAACAAUGCAUUUCAGAAUUAAUUUGCAGGCAUGAAGAGGAAACAAAUUUGCUGAAAAUUGAGUUGAACAAGGUAACUUCUUUGCAUCAAGAAGCUUUUGAAGCAGAAAAAAAGUUGGAAGAACAAAUAACAGAAUUUCAAGGUAAGCUAGAAUUGGAGAUGACUGCCCAAGAGAAGCAAAAAGAGAAAAAUUUGGCUCUUUGUGAACAGCAAAAAAAAUAUGAAACCACUAUCAAUAAGCUUGAAGAAGAGAAAAAGCUACUAGUCACUAACCAUGAGGAAGAGAGGAAGCUGCUUGUUGAGAAGCUCAGUUGUGAAAAAGAAGAUGCAGUACAAGCUGCCAUGAAAGAAUUCGAGUUGCAUAGGGAAGCUGUUGAAAAAGAACUUUUGGAAAAAAUUCAGCAACUUGAGAUGCGGGUUAAUCAGAGUUCGGUUGAAUCAUCUGCGUCAAACUUGGUAGCUGAACUUCAAGAAAAACUCCAGGAGGAAAAAGUGAAGUUUUUGGAGCAGCUUGAAGAACAUGAGAAGAGAAAAAAUGAGGAAAUGCAAAACAUCCGAACAUCACUCACUGCAGAACAGCAGAUGACCUUCAACACUGUUCUAACAAGAGAAAAAAUGAAAAAAGAAAACAUAAUAAAUGAUCUUAGUGACAAAUUAAAAAUGAUUACACAACAACAAAAAAGAGAUAAGGAUCUGAUCGAAACCCUUUCUGAAGACCGAGCUCGUUUACUUGAAGAGAAAAAGAAACUUGAAGAAGAAGUUAAUAAGCUGAGAAGUUGUAGUUCUAUUCCAUCAUCUUAUUUACCUCCUACUUCAGAACCUUCUGGAGCUUGUGCAGCAGAUUUUACAGCAGAAACUGAGCGAUUAACUUCAGAUGUAUCUGAAGAAGGAAAAAUGGAUUCUACAAUGGAAACCAGCAUGAUGGCUGUGAACGAAAAUGUGCAGAUGUUGUCUGAAGAAAAACAGAGGAUAAUGUUGUUAGAAAAAACGCUGCAGUUGAAAGAAGAGGAAAAUAAGAGGCUUAAUCAAAGAUUGAUGUCUCAAAGCAUGUCUUCAGUGUCACUAAGGCAUUCUGAAAAAAUAGCUAUCAGAGAUUUUCAGGUUGGUGAUUUGGUUCUCAUUAUUUUGGAUGAACGCCAUGACAACUAUGUAUUAUUUACUGUUAGCCCAACGUUGUAUUUCCUGCAUUCAGAAUCUCUCGCAGCACUGGACCUCAAACCAGGUGAGUGUGCUUCAGGUACAUCUAGAAGACCCUGGGUGCUAGGGAAAGUAAUGGAAAAGGAAUAUUGCCAGGCAAAAAAGGCGCAAAACAGAUUUAAAGUUCCUCUAGGUACAAAGUUCUACAGAGUAAAAGCGGUGCCAUGGAACAAGAAAGUAUAACACAUAAUGGAAACUCAACAUCACCAUUUUUUCUGGCUUGGCCUUCAGUGUUCAUUCAUCACUCCAAAUAGCACAUCAUCGUUUUAUACUGAGGUCAUAUGACAGUGCUCCACUAUACAACUGGGUUUUUUUCUUUUUUUAAAAAAAUGUAUUACAUUUUAGAAGUAAGAAUUUCAUCAAAAUGUCUGGCCUAACUGUUCCAGUUUUUUACCCAAAUAACUUUAGACAUGUGGACCAAACAACUUCAUUUUUUUUCUGAAAGGGCAAAUCCUGUUUUGUCAUGGCUUAUUUACUAGCCAUGUUAAUUGCCUGUUAAUUAUACAUUAGUUCAUAUUAGCUGUUUAAAUGUUAGCUACCAUUAUUACCAGCAUACGUCCUUUUGUGAAAUCAUUACAAAGUACUUGCACUCUUUAACAGAUCUUUAUAAUAAGUAUAAAUUCGCCAGAUAUUUAAAGAGUGUUCAUUGCAUGCGGAUAAUCAUAAUUUUCUUCAACAUGAGUUUGCCUCAGUAAAUGAAAGGUAACAACUGCAACUUGCUUUAUUGCGUUAAAAAGCCCUUUAAUAUAAAAAAGAAGAAAAAUUACUUGAUGAGCUGAUACCAAUCAGUCAUAUGUAAAUCUCCAGUCUUCAGAAGCAUUUUUGAAGGAUUGAUCACAGAUUUUGAAGGGAAGUAUUUGUGCUCUUGUACCUAAAUGAAGCACCUGGAACUUCCCAAACCAGAGAAAAGUCUUGUAUUAAUCUGUGUAGAAAAAUCAUAUUGAUGCAAUUGUAUUUCAUGGCCGAGAUUAUGGAGGGGGGAGGGGGAGAAUCCAUUGUACAUUAACUAUAAAAAGGUCACUUAAGUAACAAAUUAUUGUAUUGUAAAAGACAUGUAGAAUUUUAAAACAAUAAAGAUUCGAAGCUGUAAA